CAGUGACAAAGCCUGAUUCAGCUUUUCUGUAGAGAAAGGGAGAUUAGCUUUGGGUUUUGGGGAUGGUUUGUAAAAGUCACGCUUUCCCAUUCCACGCGUGAUGGAUAACUCUCUCUUUGCUUUUUUGAAUUUCAAACCCCAACGCUCCUCUAAGCGUUUUAAAGGCUUAAACCCUCAGGCACCCUCUUUCUGCGUCCGUGUAUAUAUAUUAUACACAUACAGGCCAAAGUCCUAAGACCCACCACACACAGGCCAUCAAUAUAUAUUCCAUCUCUCUAUAUUCCCAAGAAGCUUGCUAAGAGCACUAUGUCUAUGGUGGAGGUAAGAGUUCCAAACUUGGACUGUGAGGGAUGUGCUUCCAAGCUAAAGAAAGCUCUCUUCAAGCUCAAAGGAGUAGAGGAAGUUGACAUAGAAAUGGAGAUGCAGAAAAUCACAGUAAGAGGCUACUUAGUAGAGGAAAAGAAGGUGCUAAAGGCCAUUAAACGCGCCGGGAAAGCGGUGGAGCCGUGGCCAUUUCCGGGAUACUCGCACUUUGCCUCAUUCUACAAGUACCCAAGUCACAUUGUGAACCAUUACUACGAGACAUCCGGUAAUGGAGUUAAUUCAAAUGUACAUACAUUCUUCCAAACCCCUGCCAUUUACUCGGUCGCCGUGGCCUCCGAUGAGGCCGUCGCUUCCCUUUUUAGCGACGAAAAUGUGCAUGCUUGCACCAUCAUGUGAACACGGAUUUUCGUUUUUGAUUCCAUCAUUCCACCACUUUUUGACUUUGAGCUUAUUGUGAUUUUUUAUUUUUUAUUUGGUGCC